UGAGCAUGCUGGCCCAACCUUAUAAACGCAGGAGCACAGGGGCUCACCCUGUGGGGGUGUUUUCUCUUCCUGGCUGGCGCUGUGUGAGCCAUCGGAUCCUCGGCUAUCAUGGAAGGAGAAGAACUACCUGGGCUUUUGGUAAAUGAAAUCGGUGGCAUGCUUGGGAUACUGCACAGCCAUGUGGCAUUCCUGAGGAAACAUUUCUACCUCAUCACCAUGAAGGAAUUGCUUGAAAACAGGAAGCAUUUAAGUAAAAAGGUCCAAGCAAUCUAUAUGUGGUGGCACAGACCAGCCAUUGACCGAGAGCUCCUCCAAAGCCUGCCCAACCUGAGAGUGAUUGCGAAUUCAGGAGUGGGGAUGGAUCACCUGGAUCUGAAACUUAUAUCUAGCUUUGGUGUGAGGAUGGCUAAUGCUCCACAUGCUGUUUCCAACUGCACAGCAGAUGCUGGGAUGGCUUUGCUGCUGGCAUCUGCUAGAAGACUGGUGGAAGUCCAUCACAUUGCAAUUUCUUCAAAUGUGGACUACUGUGAAGCUGACAUUCUGGGAGUUAAAGUUUCUGGAGCUACUCUGGGGAUCAUUGGCAUGGGCCGCAUUGGAUAUAAGAUUGCUCUGAGAGCCAAAGCGUUUGAAAUGAAGAUUUUGUACCACAACAGGACACGGAGGAAAGCGCAGGAGGAGCAAGCUGUUGGUGCCACUUACUGCGAAAAGAUAGACAGCUUACUCCAGCAGGCAGAUUUUGUGAUGGUGGUGGUGAGCCUGACACCUCAGACGCGCAACCUGAUCGGGAAGAGAGAGCUGGAGCUGAUGAAACCCACAGCCAUUCUCAUUAACAUCAGCCGAGGUGCAGUAGUUGACCAGGAGGCGCUGGUGAUGGCUCUGCAGACUGGUGUUAUCGGGGCCGCGGCUUUGGAUGUCACCCAGCCGGAACCACUGCCCAGAGAUCAUCCGUUGUUAAAAUUAAAGAAUGUCAUUAUAACGCCUCACCUCGGCAUUAAAACAGAAAAGGCCAAUUACAUGAUAACAGAGGAAGCAGUUGAAAAUAUACUAGCAGCUCUAAAUGGUCUCCCCAUGCCCAGUGAAGUGCUCCCUAGUUGAUGUGCAAAAGGAUAACACAUCUCAUUUUAUUAGUUUCUUUCCCCCCAUCAGCUCUAAAGGUUUUCAUUCUUAUGUUUUUUCCCUUAAGACAAACCUAUUUCAGGCUCAUGAAUAUAGAUUUCCUGCCUUAGCUUU